AUGUCCGAGAAUGUGUCUGCAUCGCAGGAAGUGGCUGUUUUGGUCAACACUUCGGAUGGUCCAUCAGAGGACGAAGACUACUCCGUAUUCUCGGAUGCUUUACGCCUUUAUCUCACAUACCUCCUAGGCUUUGUUAUCAUCCUUUCAACCCUUACGGCAACCAUCUACUUCCCGCUCAUUCCGAUGCUGAGUGCUCACUUCUCCGUUUCCAUCCAAGCAAUCAACCUCACAGUAACGCUCUAUGCAGUCUGCCAAGCGAUAUCCCCUCCUCUUUUCGCAUCUCUGGCUGACUGCUACGGCCGGCGUCCUGUACUGCUUCUACUGAUCGGAAUCUAUGCCUGUGCAAGUCUGGGACUUGCGCUGAAUCGCAGCUCCUAUGGAUUGCUCCUGGGGAUGAGAGCGGUCCAGAGCAUAGGCGGCUCCGCAACGCCGGCGAUCGCAUAUGGGAUCGUGGCUGAUGUGGCGGUGGUAUCGGAGCGAGGGAGAAUGCUGGGGCCCAUGCUCUCCUUCUGCAAUGGCAUCUCGGCCGUCGGACCAGUCAUUGGCGGAGCCGUGGCUCAGAGCACCGGAGCCUACGUGUGGGUGUUCCUGGCGUUGCUUGCCGUGGCAGUCGUCUGUUUUCUCCUAACCGGCUUCACACUCCCUGAGACGGCGAGAGCAAUCGUCGGCAAUGGGUCCAGACCAGCCCAUGGGCUUUCGAAGAUGUGGACAACUAGUGGAUGGGUCAAAACAAACAAGGCUACAUCCAAACAGGUUAAAGAGGCGCCAGUUCCCAUGCCGCCAAACACGUACACGCGCCCAAAGUGGACUCUAAAAGCAGCUGUCCAUUCCUUGAGGAUAAUCCUAUAUUCCGAUGCGGCUGCAAUCUUGUGGAUGAUCGCAUCGUCAUACUCGGUCUAUUACACCUUCCAAGUCGCAAUUCCGGUGAUAUAUGAGGAGAUCUACCACUACAAUGACUUUCAAAUAGGAUUGACCUUUUUGCCAGGCCUCUCCGGUAUGACAAUCGGCGGAAUCGUGGCGGGAAAGCUCGUGGACAGGAACUUUGCCAAGAUUGCACGGCGAGAGAACAUUGCUCCUGACCGGAAGAAGACAGAAGACUUGAAAGAAUUCCCAAUCGAAGAAGCGAGGUACAGACACAUCACGUACUUCAUUGUGCUCGAAGUUGCACUGGUGAUAGGGUACGGAUGGGUGAUUUUCCGUCGGCUCCAUCCGGCCAUACCUCUUGUGAUACAAUUCUUUGUCUGCGCGGCGUCCACCCUUCUAAGCCACACGGCGAGCGCGCUGCUUGUGGACGUCUUCCCAAAUAGCUCGAGCACGUCCUACGCUUCCGGCCAGGUCAUGAGGUGUGGUCUCAGCGCGGUGUCGGCAGCAGUAUUGGACCCACUCAUCAAUGCUAUCGGAAGAGGGUGGUAUUUUACCAUGUUUGGCCUGUUCGUUGGACUGAGUGGAAUUGUCUCAGUGACUAUAAGUAGGGGGAAAGGCAUGAAAUGGAGGCAGAAGCGUUGCCAUUAG